GAGAAAAGCUGCUGGCCUGUGAUCCUGGAAAGAGGUGUUGAAACCAUUACUUCAGCACAGUGUUCAUCAAAAACACCUUCUGGAAACAAUCUACAGACUGCAAACUUUCACAGACCCCUUGUUGCCUCUGCUCUUCAUUAUUUUCCGUGUAUCAGACAAACCUGUGGAGAAAUCCUGAUCUGUCAACUGUGCUAGAAGAUGCCAAAUCCUGGACUCCUCUGUUAAGAAUUAUUCUUCAGGAGGAAAAAAAUCCUGAAAAAAAAGCACAGAUCUGGAAGGUACUGGACAGGGCUGAUGGAAUGCUGAGACUUGAAAUAUGUUCUGACAGCUCCUGGCAGAGUGACCAGUGAGGGGGAGGUUUCCUGGGCCUGGGUAACAUCCAUCCUGAGGCCAGUGGAGCAGGCAAGUAAUCAGGGUACUAGAUUUUGGCUCAGUAGGACUGAUCCUGUCCUCUGCUGUAGGAAUGCAUGUGUUCCCAGGUGAGUCUUGAAGGUGUGGUACUGAACACAGCCACUCAGAGAUGGGGAUGGGCCUGGUGUGCUGCCAGGUAAACUGCUGGGGAGGGUAUUGACUUGGAAAUUCUGUACUUGUAAUUCCAUGUAUAUCACCCAUUGAUUUCUAUUAACAGCAGUCCUGUGGCUAGAGAUCCAUGUGUCUGCAAACACCAGUGGGAAACCUUGGAGUAAAACGGAUGACUGGGGGUUUUGGGGAGGGUAUAAUACUUCAGGCAUCUGACUUGACUUUCAUUUUAAUCCUUCUGACUGAACUGAGCUCCCCCAGGCAAGACCCAGACCCUCUGAGUGGCAAAGCACUGGAGAAGAGGAGAGGAAGAGGUUUGGGAGCUUUCAAAAAGCUGAAAAAGGCAUGAAGUACAAAGCUCUCACUUUCUUCCAGAGGGGCACAUGCUUCUAGCAUGUGAUGCUUUAGAAAAAUAAAACCUGUGGAGUGAGGAAUUGGUGCCCCUUUGGGAAUGAUUCUGGCUGGAUCUCUGGAUCCCACCGUUUUGGGUCUGUCAUUGCAGCAGAGCAGCAGUGUCAGGGACUGCAGGCAGCUCUGCCAGCAGCUUCCUGACAGGAUGCAAAUGGGAGUUGUCAUGGCUGGAGUGUCUUUCAACCCCCUCAAACAGCCCUUCCAGCCCUUUGGAUCUGUAUCAGCACGACCCAGAUAAUGGGGAUGAGGGGGAGGCUGAACUUUUCGCAGUGCUGGUGCUUUGGGGAUGUGCAACCCACUUUCUGUCCAUCUCCAUGUAACACCUCUCUCAGAGCCCUGGGUCAGGCCAGUCCAGUGCCAUCCCUUGGAGUCCCGGGGGAGCACUGGGCUUGGGGAUAUUGUGAAGAUCAAAGGAAGAAAUGAGUCAUCCAUGAAAAGCUGAACUCUCCAUCACUGCAAUCUCUUCCUGCCCUCUAGCACAGCUCUUCCGCUCCCAGGUAAAAGCAAACAAAGACCACAGAGUCCCCUAUGCCCAGGCAGUCGCUUUCCUUGCUCCGAUGGUGUGUAAGACCCUAAUCUCUUUCCUGUCCCUUUCCCCCAUGCCCAUGGUCAGCAGCAGAUGCUGGCGAGUUCUCCAUGGGCAGCAGCCAGCCUGCAGCAAUAAUGAGAGCAAGUCAGGCAGUGCCAUCCUAUACAAGCCUCUGUAUGCUCUGUGUGUGCAUCUGCGAGAGCUCCCGCUCUCCCUUCUCCCCCUUCCCUCUCUUUCCUAACCCCCCUCCUUCCACCAGCUCUUGUUCUUUUCAUGAGACGCAGGGCUGGGGAGCCGGGGAAAGUGGCACAGUGCUGCUGCUCCUGCGGAGAUAACCGUGGCUGGGCCGGGUCCGUUGCCCUCCCCGAUGCACUGGGACUCCGCAGUUUCUCAGAGCCCCAACCAGCAGUGUCCAUCAAGCACCAAAGGCCACAUAGCUUCAGCACAGAGCUUCUCUGACCACGCUGUCGGCACAGACCCCCCGGCAGAGAGGACGGGUCAAAGGCAGAACAGAGGGAUGAGGACUCGCCUGGGCUGCCUGUCUCACAAAUCAGACUCAUAUAAUGAUUUCACAGCUAUUCUUCCGGACAAGCCCAACCGGGCUUUGAAAGGACUGUCAACAGAAGAAGCAACAAGAUGGGCAGACUCUUUUGAUGUCCUUUUGUCCCAUAAGUAUGGGCUGGCUGCUUUCCGUGCUUUCCUGAAGACAGAAUUCAGUGAGGAAAACCUGGAGUUCUGGCUGGCCUGCGAGGACUUCAAGAAGACGCGCUCAGCAGCCAAGCUGGCCUCCAAGGCCCAGCGCAUCUUCGAGGAGUUCAUCGAUGUGCAGGCCCCUCGGGAGGUGAACAUAGACUUCCAGACACGGGAGCUGACAAGAAGAAAUGUGCAGGAGCCCUCGCUCUCCUGCUUUGACCAAGCUCAGGGGAAGGUGCACAGCCUGAUGGAGAAAGACUCGUAUCCCAGGUUCCUGAGAUCCAAAAUUUACACAGACCUGCUGUCUCAGACCCAGAGGAGGCUCAGCUAGAGCAGCAAUGGGGCCCUCAGAAACCAUGUGCUUCCCACAACAGCCAAAACCCAUGUCUUAAAUGUGAAACUUUCUUGAUGUUAAAAGCAGUGGGAAUGGGAAAAGAGGAAGAAGGGGCAGAGGAAGCUUCCAGAGAGUGAUCCAGGCAUGAUAUUAAGACUCUUCAACUUUCUGUGCUUUUUUUUUUUUGGUUAGCAGUAGCACCUUGCAGUUGUUGCCUCUCUCUAGCACAAACCCACAACCCUCUUGAGUCACGGGGUCAUCUGUUGGCAAGGCAGGUUUCCUUUAAAAUAACUGUGUUGGUUUGUGUGUAAAUAACACCUUUCCAUCCUUCCACACAUGUCCCUGUCCCCCACCUCUCCCUUGUGCUUGGAAGGGCCCCAAGGGCAAUUCUGACACUUGUGAAGCCACAUCCAGCCCAUGUCUCCCAUGUUGGCUGCUGGGGUCUGGACCCAGAGAGCAAAGGGAGGGAGAGAGGAGACAAAGGCACAGGACUCAUUCCCCUUCCCAGAGUGGAAAACAUCAGCAAACUCAGCUCACCUCCCCAUUUUGGUUGCACACCUUAUGACACAGCUGCUACCCUGUCACUGCCCCUUACCUUUCAGGGAUGGAGACUAAGUGUGUUUUCCAUAGGACAGUUGAGUUUUCCUCAUGAGGAAGGUAAUCCCAAAAGCUCUCACUAGGCCUGAGCAGGCAAGUCUUCUAAUGUGAAUGAUUGUUUUUCAUUACUAUUAUUUAUUUGUGUGGUAGUUCAGCCUCGGGCCCCAUUCGUCAUUCAGGCUCUGUUAUGCUGGGCACUGUACCAAUACAAAGGGGCUCCUGGCUGCCACAGGCCUGGUGGCUCCUCAGGAAUGACCUAUUGGGAGACAGUGGAGAGAAGGAAUGUCCCCUCUGCCACUUGCUGAGGUGUAAGAAAAGCACAAGAUCCAUCUGCCACAGCACAUGGCAUUUUUCAUGUGGUACCUGAGCAGUGCAUGCUCAGGCAACAUGAAAAAUCAUAAUUCUAUUUUUGCUAUUUCCUGAUUACUGACUGUUCCUACCUACCAAUUAUGGGUUCAAUGCCUUGCAAAGAACUCCCCAAGACACAGACCCUGCUGCAAGGUGCUUGCUUCCAGCAGGACACAGAGAGCUUGGAGUGAGCAGGAUGGGUGUCAGGGUGUGCAGUGGGGUGUGAGGUGUUCUUUGGCCCUAUUCCCAUAGCCUGGAUGGCCACUGCAGGAGAAGACUCUGUGCAGAUGUCAGUGGUGUAGCACUUCCUCUGUGCUGUGCAAUAAUUCCUACCAUCUGAUGGCCCUAUUUCCAUGGCAUUACUGUUCCAGUUUGGCAGAUUCUUGCAAUAUUUUCUAGGGGAGAAGCAGACAGCCUGUCUGUGGAUUUGAGCAGACAGACCAGAGGUCUGUUUUCUUAACUUAAUAAAGGCAUGGAAAGUGACCCGAUGGGUCUUUUCCUUCUCUCAGUCAUCCCCAGACCAGAGGCUGUAAACCUCUGCUCUAGCCAACAGUGGUGGGUGGGUUUGAUACAUCAGAAAGCUGCUGAUAAAGAUUUAGUGUAAUGUGGUGUAAAUGAGGUAGAAUGAAUUCUAAAGCUAAGCAUAAUGUGUUUGGAACAAGAUACAAAAAGUCUGGUAGGAUACUAAAAAUUAAUGUCCAUCAAUUACGUAGGGAACAGUUUUUUGAGGUUUUUUGUAAGGGUUAUGUGCAGGAGAGUUGGACGAAUAGGUUUAGGAUCAAGAUAGAGCUGGUUUAGAUGUUGGGUUUAUUCUGGAGGUGUAUUCCUGUGGUCUCUAAGACACUGAAGUUUAAAUACAGUGCAAGGGCAAACUUAAUGUUCAGUAGGGAAACCUGUGUUUUGGUACCUGGUUGGUCAGCAGCAGAAUUCUCCAGGUCUUUAGAAAGCAAAUACCAUCUCCAGUUAAAUUUCUGAGAAGAAUGGCCAGAAAGAGCAGCAGUGACCCAGCAUUCCUGGCUGUCCUCCGCCUCUGCAAGGACCCCUGAGGAGCAGGGGCUGGCGUGUGGUGACAGAUGUGGCAUUCUGCAGCCACGCCCAGGCUCAGUGUCACAGCUCCUGGAACUUGAGGUAUGUGAGGUCUCUCAUGCCCUGUGUCCAGAGACACAAAGCUCAAGGUCUGGACUUGGCAGUUUCACAGAAACUUUCUGCUGGUUGCUUCAAAGUGGGAGCAAUGAGAGACAUCUGGAAAAUGCCUCAGAUUUGCCAUGAUUUAUGCGAUGGGACCAGGUCAUGCAGUACCUCAAUGUCCCAAAGCUUUAUGGCAAGCAAAGUACAGUGAGACGGGUGUCUGGGGAACCUGUGCAAUGUGUGAAAGGAAUCAGAGAUGGAAGCAAAGGAUACAGAGCCAUGCAUCCAGUGGCUGUCCCUGGUGGUAUCUGACCUGCAGGAAGGGGAGUAGGUCACAUCACCUCCACUGCCUUUUCCUGGGGUAGGGAGUGAGGAGGACAAACCAAACCACACUGCAGUGAAAUAGUCGGUGCUUGACCUGCAAGGGGGGACACAAUGCUUCCCUGCCUGGCUGUGAGGAGAGGCUGGAAGAAUUCCCCUUUCUCAAAGACACUGUCUACCAUGCCUGUGUAACACAGGGCAGACUGGGAUCUCCCAGGGGCACAGGCUGCUUUGGCUGAAGUACUUUCCCUUGGCCUGUGGUCCCAGUUUUACCCAGUGAUCCCACUGCUGCCAAAGGGCAGCUCAGCUCUCCAACACUGUGGCACCGAACAAGUGUUGCAAGUGGUGAAGGGAUGCCACCUUGUCUGGCCCUGCCUUCCUCCCGUCCACCCUUCUCUUGCCUGCACGUGCAAAAAGCAUCCCAGAGCUGCCCAGGAUGCCAGAGCCAGCAGCAGGAGGCUUAAGCAGUCACGGCUUUUAAAGAGAAGGCAGAAGGCCAUGAUAACUGCCUUAUGGUACUUCUCUCCAGACAGACCUUCUGAGUGGGCUUGGGUGGUGCUGACCUCUAGUGCCAGCUGAGGCACCCCAGACAAGGCUCUGCAGCACCCUGGGGAGGGUCACAGAGACAGCCAGGCGAGGGGACGCAGCCGGAACGAGAUGCUUGUGUCGAGGAAUGUGAGAAAGGACAAUCCCCAGGCUCCCCUGGUGGCUACAAAACCUGGUCCUGUUCAGAGUGUGACUGCAUCUCUCCACAAACUCCUCCAGCGCUGGUGCUGUUGUCCUUUCAUUUCAUGUCAGAACUCAUGGAAAAACUUCAAAGGUGCCAACACCCUGUAAAUUCAAGCUCCCUUCUCUCCUCCAUCCACCUGGGGAAUUGUUUGGAGCAGGGCACAGCUGGAGAUGCCAUUGCUGCAGUGGUGACAGGAGCUGGAAUCGGGCCGGCUGAUGUAGAAGUGUUUUCCCCAUUAAAUUGGUGCCAGAUAACGCCCUCUGUGGGAAACAGCAUCCUAGAACACAGAGUGGAGCAAAAGUAUUGUCUGAGGCAUGUGAGUCUACCACAGUUAUUUUUGUUGCUGCUCUUGCAGUUUGUCUCUCUUGAAGGAAAGCAGACUCAUUAUUUAAAGUAAAAUUAUAUUUUUCUUAAAGAAGAAAAUGGCACCAGCUGCUUCUUUUAUGCCAAAUGCCAUCCGGACAUGAAUCAAAAUAGGCAGCUUGUAGCUCUACCCCUUAAACCAGGGGCUGAUUAAGGAAAUAAUGACUGAGCCAAAGCUUCGAAAAUAACUGAGUGGUGACUAAUCCCCACCAAGGACAAAUAUCCUAUCCUUGAUUCAUCUCUUCCUGGUGUGAAAGGGAUAUUCACAACCUACAAACACAUUUCUCCUCUCCACAAACACACACCCCCAAAAUUUUCAUCCUUUUUGGAGUAGCAUGAAAGUGUGCCAUCACAUGAAGAGAGGGGAAGAAAUUGGUUCUUUUUAUUCUGUUUUCUGACACAAAUCCAGUCAGCUCCCAGGUAUUUUGAUGGGAGAAGGGAAAAGAGUUUACAAAUUUCCUUUCCCUUUUCUAUGAGCUUUGGGUGGUGUUAACCCCAAAAGCAGAUGCAGAACUCUACUCUGUCUAAAGUUUCUCCUGCUUUGAUCCAUCAGCCAGGCUUGGAAUGAUUUCCAUGUCCCCUUUUAGUGGACUCAUUAAUGCACCAAGGGGUGUCCAUGCUGGGGAGAUGUGAAGGGCAAAGUCUUGCCAGUAUAACCAGGGGAGGGGGAAAUUGAUAUGUGUGUCUGGGGGUGUGGGUGGAUGAGAGUGCAUGUGACUUCAUCUGUAUCUUAUUUAGUGUCCUCUACUAGAGAAGCUUUUCUGAGACAUAGAUGUGCAUGUUAAAAUAGGAGAAUUAGGCAUAAAUUAUAUAAACUGAGAUCUUUAGCCAGUGCUGUGUUUGCCUUGUGUAUAAGUCUGAGUAGUAGUAAGAGAUGUAAAACUCUGCUAGGCUUCCAGUUACCCCUAAGAGCACAUGUAUCAAACUGAACUGAAUGUUCACUGACAGACACAAAACCAAAAUGUUUACAGCAUUCAGAGCAAUAGCAAAACAUACCUCAUGCCAGUCCUGGAGUGCCUCUCACCCAUCAGUGCAAGCUCUCCCCUCUCUGGGGGCAUCUGGCUUCUCCCUCCACACUCCUCUCUCCUUCUCUGUCCUGUUCUGGUGGACUUCCCUCCUCCUCUUCCUCCUUGAAGCACUCCAAACCUUCCUGUCCACCAGCACUGUUUGUCCUCAUCUAUCUGAGCCUGAGAUUCCCAUAACCUCCCCCUAUUUGCCUAUCCUCCAUCCCUAUCCAUCCCUCCUCUCUUCUUUGCCUUUUCCUUCCCCAGACACUCUGGUCAUGCCAUCUUCCUCCUACAUGCCUCCUACUGCCACUGUAAAGCUCCUAGGAGCUCUUCCUUGCCUGUUAUAUAAGAACAAAAUGUUUCACAUCAUUUCUGCAUUAUCUUUCAUUCCUGGGGCUGCUGCAGUUGUCUCAUUCCUUGGUUCUGUGCUCUCUCCAGCAUUGUAGCAUUAUAUCCCAGAACUGGAAUUAAAGUUCAUUUUGCUGCUAGACCAGAAUGCUUCUCUCUACUACGCACCCCUCGGGCUUUGCAGAAGCUUGUCUUGUCCCCAGGUCUUUUGCCUUCCUUCUUUUUCUCCUUCUUCCAUGCACGCUGCACAUGCAGUGCUUGUGGCAGGGGCUGGCUAGGGGAGAGGGCAGCUGUGCUGGGGUCACUCACAGCUGGGGCUCCCCCGUGGCUCUCUGGUUUUAUAAAAAUAGUCUCAAUAAAGGUGUGUGGGUUGUAUUUGCUUGGCAAAGUCAGUCGUUGUACUCUGUGCCUCCUCCUGGCUUUACAGGAGGAUGUGUUUCUAAUCUGGGACUGCAGUGAACUCAGCGGGAGUUCAGGGAACUGAGGCCAUGGGAGGGAGGUGGCAGAGGGGGAUGAGUUUGUUACCAAAACCAUCCAACAUUCCUGGCAAAAAGGCACAGGAGAAAAGGCAGUGCCUGCUUCUGAAGGGACCUGGUGUACCAGGGAGCUAUGGGGACCAGCUGUGUUGUGAAUUGUCUCGAGUAGCCUCACACCUCCCAGUUUGCCUCGUGCUGCAUGCCCCAGGCUGGAUCUAAAACAUGAGAGAUGAGGAGCUGCUCGGCUUUGCAUUUCCAGUGUAGAUAACAGUGUUAUCCUGAGAGAAAUGUCGUCGUGUUGCUCUAUCAGUGCCUGCAGCCACCAGCUGAAAAGCAGUGAGGGGAAGGAGGCACUUUCUGCUGUGUUUACUCCUACAGACCUCUAUGGGAUUCCUGGAAAUGAAGAGAACGGGGUAUACGCACACCCUGGAGUAGAUCCCCCUUCCUUAAGAACCACAUUUGAAGAUCUCAUCUUCUUAUAACCUCUCCCCCCAACUCCUCUAUGAGCUACCCAAUUCAGAGUUCAGAUCUGUCUUUAAGCUCCCUAGCACCUCCAAUUUGGUGGGAUGGCAGUGUUCCCUUGAGGAUCUGACUGCAAACCCAAGCUCCCAGUAAGGCUGCUUGAAAUAACAGAGAUGUCUUGUUCCUGUGAAAAAAAACUUUUGGGUGGCUCAGAAGAGACUGAGGAUGGCUCUGCUGUACCCAGUGAACUCAGAAGUGAGCCACCAGGUAGAAAGACCAGCCCAAAAGUGCUUCCCUCUGCCACAUUUUUAUUUUCAUGAGAUCCUGCUGCUGCAGCUGCCUCCGCAGCGUCCAGGUGCUGCUGGUGUGGGGAGAUAUCAGCAGGAGCAGUUUGGGCAGGCCAUGCAGGCUGUUCAGUCUGAUCCCUUCCCACUCAGGGAAAGGCAUGGACUCGGCUCCCUGGGUUCCCCCUGCAUUAGCUGCUUGUUUGCUAGGCUCCCCUUCCAUGGGAGGCUGGAGAAGCUCCUCAGCCAGGCCACACGUCCCACCAGUGACGAUACCCCACUGAGUCGUGUCAUCACAUUGUGCAGUGUUACCCAACUCUUCUGCAUAGAGACCCUGAGAACAUAAUAAACAGCCUGAGACUA